AACCACAAUAAACAAACGAAUCAAACUGAAACGAAGUUUUUAAUUUGUAGUCAUUUUUGAAGUAGUUUUACGGAAAUAACUGUUGUUCAUCUGCAUCUGUUCUAGAAAAAGAGAUACGUUGGGGAAAAAAUGUCUUCCGAUACAAAUAAACCAGAAGGUUCAAACGCGGAGCCCAACAAACCCAUUUGUUUGAUAAUUUUAGGUAUGGCCGGUGCUGGAAAGACUUCCUUCACACGUCGAUUGUCAAGUAAAGUUAUUAAUGGAUCACGACCUUAUCUAGUGAACUUGGAUCCAGCUUGCAGGGAAGUACCUUAUCCUGCCAACAUUGAUAUAAGAGAUACUGUAGACUAUAAAGAAGUGAUGAAGCAGUAUGGUCUUGGACCAAAUGGUGGUAUAGUUACAGCACUGAAUCUGUUUUCAACAAAAUUUGGACAAGUCGUAGACUUGAUAGAGAAAGCGGGAAAGAAACACAAGUAUUGUGUUAUCGAUACGCCAGGUCAAAUAGAAGUAUUCACAUGGUCAGCAUCAGGCACAAUAGUGACAGAAACACUGGCGUCAUCCUGUCCCACAGUCGUAGUGUAUGUAAUGGACACAGUACGCAGUGUGUCACCCGUCACAUUUAUGUCUAACAUGCUGUAUGCUUGCUCAAUAUUGUACAAGACUCGGCUGCCGUUUAUUGUUGUCAUGAAUAAAAUCGAUGUAGUAAACAAUUCAUACGCAGUGGAAUGGAUGAGAGAUUUCGAAGCUUUCCAAGAAGCAUUAAAUGCAGAUGGUGGGGGAGAGACGGAAGGAGGAAAUACUUACAUAGGAAACUUGACACAGUCCAUGGCACUGGCGUUGGACAGUUUUUAUUCAGAUCUGAAGUGCUGUGGUGUGAGUGCGCAUACCGGUGAAGGCAUAGAUGAGUUCUUCAAACUAGUUGAUGAAUCUGCAGAGGAAUAUGAAAGAGAAUACAAAGCGGAUUGGUUGAAAAUGCGCGCCGAAAAAUUGGCAGAAGAGAAACGAAAGAAAGAAGAUGAAUUAAAAAAGACAGACAGCGUGGAGACAGUUAUAGACAAGAAGAGUUUGAUAGAUGAAGUGCCGAUCGGCAGAGAGCUCAGCGACAUGUACCUGAAGCACCCCGGCAACGAGAGCUCCAGCGACGACGAAGGAACUGAAAAUGAACCGGAAAUCGACGACAAACCAGAGGACGUGGCUAUGUUCCAAGAGUUCUUAAAGAAACACAUAAAACCUAAUGACACGCAGAAAUAACACGUAGUUAGAAUUUAUUCUUUAAA